AUGUUUCUUAGAAAUACAAAGCCCCAAGCAAACGGUUUCGUAAGCGUCAACAGGUGCACCACCUCCGCACCUGUUUUCGUAGCAGGAUAAUAAAAUGAAUGGAAAGGGACGGGUGCUUGGCAGUGGCAGCUCUAAGCCCGAAGCAGAUGACAGCUGAGCCUGUGAAGAACAUCCUCUGUCAAGAAGAAACUGCGAUUUAGUGCAGACUCAGAAUGGCCACCUUCAAGCGAUUCCCACCAGCUCUCUGGAUUGACUUGAUUUUAGUCUUUGCCUGGACCCAAGUGAGUGCUCAAGACUCCGGAGUGACAGCUGCUCUCGAUGACGUUAAAGCGAGUGAUGGUCAGUCAAGAGAACCCACUGAAAAGAUACAAAUUAAACCCGCAGUAGUCUACGCUUCGGUUUUCCCUACAGAACUCGAGAAUGUGAAAGACAGAGUCGAGAUCAACCUUGACGGAGAACACCCAGGGUGUUGCUUUCGUGGGUUCAGGUACAAUCAUGGCUGCGUUAUCAACAUCCAGGAAUUUUAUUUCAUCUGCAUCGAUGGAGAUUGGUUUGAUAUAAACCCGGACAAACAUAUGUUUUACACUAUUGGAAACAAGAGGAAAGAAGUGUCCAUUAUAAAAAAUGUAGGUUGAAGCAGUCAAGAGUUCUAUGGACCGAUAUUUGGUAUCAAAAUUAAGUCUGAAAUAUAUCCAGGUAAAAUGCUCGCUCCAUCCUCUAGAAAACUGAAGCAUGUACCUACUAGGUGAAGUCUGGAUGCCAAUAUUUCUUUGGUGUUCGUUAAAAUCUCUUCAAUAAUUCCAAAAUCAACCACAAAAAUUGAAAUGUGGAGUUUAUAAAUAAAUUUAUUUGAGAUCUGACUAUUUAUAAUCUGGACUUAUUUAUUUAGCCCCGUAGGGUGUUAGUGCCGUCAGUGCACCUCAUGUGUUGCACUGUAGGCAUUACUUACGGUUCUUUGCAGCGUGCCUUCGGCCCCUGGGGUGCAACCCAUUUUAUUCUUUUUACUCUACCUCCGUUCAUAUUCUCUUUCUUCCAUCUUACUUUCCACCCUCUUGUAACAAUUGAUUCUUAGUGCAACUGCGAGGAUUUCUUCCUGUUACACCUUUCAAACCUUUCACCCUCAAAUUCCGUUUCGUCGCUGAAUGACCUCAUAGGUCCCAGUGCCUUGACCUUGGGCCUAAAUUCUGUAUUCAGUUUAAUCCAAUUUAUACUUAACAGAUGUGCAAGAGUUACUUUGAUUAUUGUUGUCCAGCAUAUUCACCAUCCUCACUUCACUUUAGUAAUGGGAGAGUUCACCCUACUCUCUUUAUGAGUAAUCAUUGUUUUUCUUUGGGCUUGAGUUAAAAACACUGAUUGUAUGGUGAAUAUCUGAUUGUGAAUCUCAUUUAGCUUCUAAUGUAUUUUAAUUGGUAUUAGGAAGAAUAAAAAAAAUGA